AUGGAUGUGAUCUCCAAGGUCUUGAAGGCCCGCGACGACGGGACGGACGAGUUCCUCAAACUCAUUCAGAAUCCCUUCCAGUCUUCUUUCGCUAUCACUGCCAUCUGGACCUCGCUAGGGACCUCCAUCGGCGUCACUAUCCUCCUCGCCCUCCUCUUCUCCCUUGUCCGACCCCGUCACUCGUUAGUUUACGCUCCCAAGGUCAAGCAUGCAGACCUCAAACAUGCUCCGCCGCCAGUGGGCAAGGGUUUCUUCUCCUGGGUAAAGCCAGUAAUCAACACACGCGAAGCCCAGCUCAUCGAAACAGUCGGCUUGGAUGCCGCCAUCUUCCUGCGCUUUACCAAGAUGUGCCGCAACAUCUUUAUCCUGCUCAGCAUCAUUGGCUGCCUCAUUAUGAUUCCGAUCAACGUCACAAAAAGUGACACCACAGGAGACGGGACGACCAAAUCCACAUUUGCGUUGAUGACCCCGGUCAACGUGUACGGCACACCAAUCUGGAGCCAGGUCGUCUGUGCCUGGGCAUUCGAUAUCAUCAUCGUAUUCUUCCUGUGGAGGAAUUACCGCGCCGUGCGGAAUCUGCGCAGGCAAUACUUCCAGAGCUCGGAAUACCAGCGCAGUCUGCAUGCGCGAACUCUGAUGAUCACCGAUAUCCCGCCCGCCGAUCGUACCGACGAGGGAAUCCUACGACUUACCGACCAGGCGAAUCCAACCGCUGCCAUUCCCCGCGCUGCGAUUGGCCGAAACGUCAGGGAUUUGCCCCGGAUUAUCAAGGAGCACGAAGAAGCGGUCCGAGAGCUCGAGUCUGUUCUAGCCAAGUAUCUGAAGAACCCCGACCGAAUGCCCGCCAAGCGACCUAUGACACGCCCUGCUCGUAGCCAGCGAAGCAAAUAUACCGGUGGGAAGGUGGAUGCGAUCGAUUACCUGACCGUGCGGAUUCGAGUCUUGGAAGAGGAAAUCAAGCACGGGAGAGCGUCGAUUGAUCGCCGGAAUGCCAUGCCUUAUGGUUUCGCUAGUUGGGAGAACAUCGAGCAUGCGCACGCUGUGGCAUGGAGUGCUCGCCGCAAGCGUCCCCAGGGAACGGUUAUCAGUCUGGCGCCGCGGCCUAGUGAUCUCAUUUGGGAGAACCUGCCUCUUUCGAAGGGAGCGCGCAAGUGGAAGCGGUUCAUGACUUUCAUUUGGGUUGCUUGUCUGACAUUGGUCUGGGUUGUUCCUAACGGUUUGAUUGCUAUCUUCUUGGCCAAUCUCAGCAACUUGGGUCUUGUUUGGCCUGCUUUCCAGACGUCCUUGAAUGCGAACCCGAGUGUGUGGGCUGCUGUUCAAGGUAUUGCCUCCCCUGCGCUUACUUCGCUGGUUUAUCUGGUGCUUCCGAUUAUUUUCCGUCGGCUUGCUAUCAGGGGUGGUAGUAAGACGAAGACUUCUCGAGAGCGUCAUGUUCUAGGUCAUCUUUAUGCCUUCUUCGUGUUCAACAACCUGAUCGUUUUCUCGCUUUUCUCGGCUGCUUGGGUUUUCGUUGCAACGGUUGUUGAAAAGACCAAUAGCGGUCAUGAGAAUGCUUGGCAGGCUAUCGUUGAUAGUCGGUUCUACGCUACGCUGAUCUCUGCGCUUUGCAAUGUUUCGCCGUUCUGGGUGACCUACCUUUUGCAGCGCAACCUCGGUGCUGCUAUUGAUCUUGUUCAACUGGUCAACAUGCUCUGGGUCUGGUUUGCUAGGACGUUCCUCUCGCCGACACCUCGGCAGUCCAUUGAAUGGACUGCGCCUCCGCCGUUCGACUAUGCCAGCUACUACAACUACUUCCUCUUCUACGCUACUGUUGCGCUUUGCUACGCCACUCUGCAGCCGAUUGUGUUGCCUGUGACAGCCUUGUACUUUGGUGUUGACGCCAUGCUGAAGAAAUACCUAUUGAUGUAUGUCUUCGUUACCAAGAACGAAUCAGGCGGUGCAUACUGGAGAGUCUUGGUCAACCGUCUGGUCUUCGCCACCGUCCUCGCCAACAUCAUCAUCGCUUUCGUUGCCAAGUCCAACGGCAGCUGGACCAUGGUGUACUGCGUCGUCCCCCUGCCUUUCCUGAUGAUCGGUUUCAAGGUCUACUGCCUGAAGACCUUCGACGCCGACAUCGAGUAUUACAACCGCGCCAAUCUAACAGAUGCGGAGGCAUUGGGCACACAAAAGUCCAGCAAGAAGGCCGCCGAACGUCUCAACUCCAAAUUCGGCCACCCAGCCCUCUACAAACCCUUGAUGACACCAAUGGUCCACGCCAAGGCAGCAGAAGCCCUAAAAGAAAUCUACCAAGGCCGCCUAGACCAAGGCGACACAGGCGGCGAAUACUCCGACAUAGCAAUGAACCCAAUGCUAUCCUCUCAACCCGGAAAAUCAGAGCCAGCGCCCUUCGAAGUCGUCCCCGAAAACCACCUCGACUUCUCCUACUACAAAGACCGCGCCGACUUCCGCGAUGAAUUCGGCGGCGGCAUCUACGGGCGCCCAGAAGACCUAAUGACAGAACGUUCCCAAACCCCGCGCUCAACCCUAGGCGGCGAAUGGUCGCCCAGCUCCUCGCGCGCUUCCUCUCCAGCCCCCUCCCUCCCUUCAAUCACCCCCCUCAAACUUCACGAGGGCCACACGCCCCCCGCCGACCCAACAGGCCUUAUCCACCCUGCCUUCCGUGUCCCCCUUUCCCGUGGCGAUAGUGGUUCCUCCGUCCUCGGUGCUUAUACACCUAUGGACGAGAGCGAAUCCCAUCUUCUUAGUCAUGCCCAAACGCCUGCGCAGACAGAUGUUAACCCGCUUGAUCGCUGGCGCUCGCGUGGUUAUGGCCCUGUUGAGCAGGAGGAUGAGCCGAGCUUUACUUCUUAUGAGGCUUAUCGCUCGCAGAGGUAG